CUAUUAAACUAGGCACAGAAAAACCUUAUCUCUUCGGCACUGUUGACUCACGAGAGGCAGUGAGUGCCAAGCAACAGGACGCACGUCACACUCACACACCCAUCCCAGCGCCGAUUCCGUCGACACCUUCGUCACACAAGUCCCGGCAAAGAGAUGAGCGACGCCGACGACUCAGCGAGAGCCGAAGCCCAGCCGAGGGACGGACGCGAUGGCGAGAACGAAGGCUUGGCCAACACGACGGAGAACAGGGGCGCGGAGGCGGAGGAACCUGCGAAGAACGUUCCUUGGGGGCGUCCUACCGCGUACACGGCUGUGGACGGACUCAGCGAAUGUUACCCAAUGAACCGUCGGCCGCGGGGCGCUGCUCUCAUCUUCGCUCACUCCAAGUUCGAUAAUAAAAAUCUCAAACCGCGACCCAGUGCCGCCCACGACGCCGAGCUCGCGAGAGGCGCCUUCGAGGCCCUCGAGUUCCAGCCUGAGGUGUUCUUGGACCUCACGAGGAACGAGCUCGAGGGGAAACUGCGCGAAGUCGCUAAGCGCGACCACAGCGGCUGCGACGCCCUUGCCAUAGUGUUCAUGAGCCAUGGCGAGGUAAAACCCAGGAAUAACAUGGAAUUCGUGUGGGCCAAAGACGACAAGAUUCCUACCAAGGAACUGUGGAUAAACUUCACGGCUGAACGGUGCGCAGGUCUAGCCGGCAAACCUAAGCUGUACUUCAUUCAGGCAUGCAGGGGCCCCGACGUGGAUAAGGGCGUGAACAUGACUCGGGCAGUGCGUGGCAUGGCGGUUCAGACGGACAGCAUUGAGGAGUACGUGAUUCCCAUCCAUGCUGACCAGCUUGUUAUGUGGGCUUCCUACCCAGGAUUCCCGGCCUUCACGAGUCAACGCGAGGGAGUCCAAGGAAGUGUCUUCAUCCACUUCCUGGCCGAGAACCUCAGGAAUUAUGCCUUAUCUUCUCCACGACCAAGUCUAUCUUCCAUUCUUCUCAAAGUCAGCAGGGAAGUGGCAGUCCUCUACGAAUCCGACAUUGAUCCUCAAAACCAAUAUCACAAAAAUAAACAAGUUCCUUACAUCCACUCGACGCUGCUUCGUGAAAUUUACUUCUGAGGGGAUGCGAGACCCUUUGCAUUUCUCUGUUUGUCUGUGUUUUUCCUCAUAAUUUCAGUGAUUUUAAAGGAUAGAUAAUCUUUGCCUCUUUGGUUUCUGAGUUGUUCUUUCAGUCAUAUUACUGCUGUCAUCAAGGUUCUUACCAGUACUGUUAUUAGCUACCAAAUAAAUGAGAUCUGUGUUUCUCUCAUGAUGAAAAACAA